AUGUCAUCGGAUAGUAAAACCAUCAACUACUCUCAAUUAUUCUCACAAUUGAUCAAGCCUGCGACGAGUGGCGAUGGCGGUGUCAUGGAUGAUACCAUGGCAUCGUUCUUGUACUAUUUAUUUCCUCGAGAGCUAUUCAUUAGGGCCUUGUCAUUGUUAGAAUCCAAUGAUAUGUUCAUUUACACGUUCCAACCUGAUUCAUCUUUGCCCUUAAAGGAGUCCAGCACUACGAAGACUUUCGAUGACAAAGAUGCUGUGACCAAGACUUCAUCUGAUCUGACUUCAUCCAGUAAGACGGAUCCUGAUAAUGAAAGAGAUAGCAAUGAAGCAGAGGGAAAGAAAGAGAAGGAAAAAGAGAUUGAGGAAUUGGUUAAUGAUGUAUACAAUGAAGAAGAUCAAUUUUUGCAUAGAUUAAUUGUGAAGCCGGAAAAUACACAUUCUCCUCCCAUCUCAGUGGAUUUACUCAAUUGGUUUUGUUCCUGUUCUGAAUUCAAUGAAUUGUUUCAUGAGGAAUUGAAGAAAGGGGAGGAAUUAUCAAAUUGUUUGAUCAAGGAGAUUGAUGAUAUGAGUGAAUUUUCCAAUGAUAAGUUCUCACAAUUGGAUGCACAUAGUCUUUCGCGACAGAAGUAUUUCAAAUUUGAUAAAUGUCUUUGUCAUCAUUUAUUGGCAUAUUCUAUAAUAUUAAGAUCAUCACCGGAUAUUCUGCGAUAUUUCACGUUGAAGAAUUGUAGUGUUUUCCAUUUGAGGAUUGAUAAUCUUGAUGAAUGGUUGAAGUUACAUAUCAAUAUAGUUAUAUGA